AUGGUUUCAGAAAGAGCUCCUGACUACAAAAUUUAUGGAUCCACAAAAGACUUUCCACUUAUGCAUGAAAUAAUAGAACUUGGUAUUACUGCCCUUCGUAUCAAGCUUCGUGCUACUGGUGGGAACAAGACAAAGACACCAGGUCCAAGUACACAAUAUGCCCUGCGUGCUCUAUCCCGUUCCGGAAUGAGAAUUGGUCGCAUAGGAUUUCUACUUAUAGAUAUUCCGUUCUUGGCAAUUACUGGAUCCAUGCUACCUAGCAAAGUGGUUCCUGGGGUUGGUAAGCUUGAGGUAAAUUUAGACCUCAAACUCUACAAACUGAGUUAG